AUACCUCUAACAGCGAGUCCAGAGUGCAGACGAAGGAAGAACAAGCGGUGGGUGCACGCGCCUAAGGUUGCCUUUAUGAUUUAUCCUGUUGACGUACCCACUCAAAACAAUUGGGGAUAGAGGGGACGAUAGAGGUGGGGAGAGAGAGCAAUUGUUUUGGAAUUGGCGAAAAGGAAAAGGGUUAGGUGAAAAUUGUUGAUGGGUUCAAAAACGUGAAGCAAAACUGAGGGCCAAAUCGAAAUCUGGCUAACCUUGAGGGGUUGAGGUUUCGCCUGUCCUUCAAGCAAUCAUCAUCGGAUUACAUAGACGGCGACGAGGAGUGCAGGCCGUGGCGUCGCAGGCUUUCCAUGGCCUUCUCAUGGCUCUCUUUUCUCAGGAUCACCUUCCUCCUCCUCCUUAUUGCCGCCAUCGCCGUCGCUUGUUUCACUCUCCCUGUUGAAAAGAUUCUGAAGGACUUCUUAUUAUGGAUUGAGCAAGAUCUUGGACCUUGGGGUCCGCUUGCGCUGGCUGUUGCUUACAUUCCUCUGACAGUCCUGGCAGUUCCAGCUUCAGUACUUACUCUUGGUGGUGGCUAUCUUUUUGGGUUGCCUGUGGGCUUUGUUGCCGAUUCAAUUGGUGCCACUGUCGGUGCAGGUGCUGCAUUUCUUCUUGGCAGAACGAUUGGGAGGUCAUAUGUUAUCUCCAAGUUAAAGGAUUAUCCUCAAUUCCGGGCAGUUGCCAUUGCAAUUCAGAGAUCUGGCUUUAAGAUUGUUUUGCUGCUUCGGCUUGUUCCCUUACUUCCUUUUAACAUGCUGAAUUACCUCCUGUCUGUGACUCCAGUUCCAGUAUGGGAGUACAUGCUGGCUUCCUGGUUGGGAAUGAUGCCAAUAACACUUGCUCUAGUAUACAUUGGAACCACUCUCAAGGAUCUUUCUGAUGUAACACAUGGAUGGCAUGAGUUUUCAACUUCUCGUUGGAUAUUUAUAGGGUUGGGCCUUGUGAUAUCUGUGAUUCUAAUGGUUUGUGUUACUAAAGUUGCCAAGGCUGCUUUGGAAAAAGCUUUGGCUGAAAACGAGGAUAUAGAUGGCAUUGUAGCUGCCCCGCAGUUACCCAUUGUAUCUAAUCCAUCAUUGGAUCUCCAGCAGCCUCUAGUUGUCAAGAUAGACCCUACUCAAGACAAUCAAGAAAAAUGAAAUACACGUCCUGUAAAUUCUUCCCCUACCUUCUUCAAAAGACUCCUUGUCCCCUUUUUCUUUUUUUACUUUAGCAACUGUCUGCAGCACUAGGUGCUUUCCAUUUUUAUCCAUUUAGUCUCAUCUUCUCUCAUUACGAAUUGUUUUGGACAGAAAUGUAAGAUUAUAUGGGUAAGAAUGUGUUUUAAUUGUAUUUGUUCCAUUGGAAAUCAGUAAAA